AUGUCAGCCCUGGUGCUCAGCUGGCCUCUUUGUUGUUCCGAAAGUAUAAAUGCAAAAACUCAAAGCUGUAAUUUUCAUUUUGGCAGCUUUUAGCAGCUGUGCAAAUGGCGACUGUGGCUGCAAUAAGCUGGACAGAGAUGCCUCCACAUCGGAAACAGUGUCCCAGUUGCCGGAUCAACAGGUGUGCCAGCAACAGGCAGGGAAUAAAAAUAAACACUAUCGCGAUUACUACGCGGAUUUGGAACAAGGGAUUGAGGAGGAUAUGUCACUGAUACCAGGUGGCAGUCUGCAUGUUGGCACCGAUGAACCACAUUUCCAGGCGGAUCGUGAAUCUCCAGAGCGUCUUGUCCAGCUCAAAAAUUUCUAUAUGGACAAGUACGAAGUGUCCAAUGCAAAUUUCGAAAAGUUUGUCAAGGCAACAAACUACACGACGGAAGCGGAACGCUUCGGGGAUAGUUUUCUAUUCAAAACGCUGCUGACGCCAAGUCAGCAGUCGGAGCUGGAGGAGUACAGGGUAGCUAGUGCUGUCUGGUGGUACAAAGUCAGCGGAGUCAGUUGGCGCAAACCACACGGCAUUAAUAGCGGUUUAAAGGGUUUGGAGCAGCAUCCUGUAGUGCAUGUGUCCUGGCGCGAUGCUGUCGCCUAUUGCACAUGGGCCGGAAAACGUUUGCCCAGCGAGCCGGAGUGGGAAGCGGCCUGUCGAGGCGGUAAACAACGUAAGCUCUAUCCUUGGGGCAACAAAUUGAUGCCCAAGGACAAGCACUGGCUGAAUAUCUGGCAAGGAGAGUUUCCCGAUGGAAACACAGCCGAUGACGGAUAUAAAUAUACGUGUCCUGUCAACGAGUUUCGUCAAAACAACUACGAUCUGUACAACAUUGUGGGCAAUGUGUGGGAAUGGACCUCAGAUCUCUGGCAGCCGGAUGACACCAGCGAAACACCAAAUCGUGUCAAGAAGGGCGGCUCCUAUCUGUGCCACAAGUCAUAUUGCUAUCGCUAUCGCUGUGCGGCACGUUCCCAAAACACCGAAGACAGUUCGGCGGGCAAUUUAGGAUUUCGAUGCGCCAAGGAUGCUUGAGGUGCAUGUGUAAACAUAUGAAUCUUUUUAUUAUGUCUAAAAACUCCAGAUAUAUUCAUUUUUGUGAUUUUUAUCUCAUGUGCAUAGAAUAUUUAAGAUUAAUUUUAAUAUUGAAGGCUUAAAGAGAGAAUGUAAUGAUGUUAUCCCUGCUUUAAGGGUGAAGGGAAGUGGCGCCAAUGAUUUGCAUAAAGUUAUUGCUGCUCGCGUUCCGGAUUUGUGCCUCCACAGCCAUCGACUCUCUCCGCUUCUUGCGAUUGGUCUUGAGUCUGGCUUGAUGUUGUCUCUGCAAUUUUGCCUCGUUCUUGCGAGCUGGCGGUUUUGGCUGAUAUGGCAAAGGCACUUUGUUAUCACGACUAAAACAUAAGCUGCAGUUAGUUAUUUGAAU